AAGCUGACAGUGGGAGGGGCCAGGCUGGAGCAGGCCGAGGGACUAAUGGCAGUGGUUGUUGGCCUAUAAUACAAACAUGGAGCGGCCCAGCGGGGCAGCAGGAGGGGAGGGAGGCAGAAGGGGCGGCGGUGCUACUCAGAACAGAAGAGGGAAGAGGAGGCAGAGGAAACCCAAAAACCCCGCUGGGGCUGGAGAUUCAGGGGCUGCCAGCAGUGCCCAGCAGCCCCAGUACAGAGAAGAUAGUUUCUCUUCUUUGACGGAGGAUAUUACCUGUUCCAUCUGCCUGGACGACCUGACCGACCCUGUGUACAUCGCCUGUGGGCACACCUUCUGCCGGGGCUGCAUAACUACCCACUGGGGCACCCCACACCCACACGGAUACCUUUGCCCGGAAUGUCGGGCAUCGUGCCCCAGAAAUCAUAUUGUUCCCGACUACAGGCUGGGAAAUCUCGUCUCCAAGAUCAAGCAGGGCAUACAGGAGAGAAACGCAAUGCAGGAGCAUCUUUUGGCCAUGGAGCCGGAUCACCCUAUUCAGUUGGUCUGGGCGGACAGGAGCGGUCGCCUGAAUUUAAAUCAAUCCGAGGCUUGCGACUGCUUCUUAAACACGCAAUACUCCCAUUACCCGGUCUUCCUUCUCUGCAUCAUUGGGGAGAAACGGCGGGGCAAGUCCUUUCUGAUGAACUACAUUAUGCGGGCACUGAGAAGCAUGGAGAUGGGCGAGGAGUUCACCUUGGGGGCAGAUGAUGAAGCCUUGAAAGGUUUCGAAUGGAGUCCUGGAACUGAAAGCACCACAAAGGGCAUCUGGAUGUGGAACCGGCCUUUCAUACUGGAUCAUAAAGGGGGGAAGACUGCAGUCUUUCUCCUGGAUACAGAGGGCUCCUUGGAUAUUGGGAGCGACCGAGAAACCUGCAUUAAGCUCUCAGCGUUAUCCUUGUUCCUCAGCUCGCACUUGAUUUUUAACGUGGCUUCCAAUCUAAAGGAAACAGAGCUGGACUAUAUGGAGAUGUACCUGAAUAUGGGCGAGGAAUAUGGGACCCAGAACCUGCAGCAUCUGGAUAUCCUGGUUCGUGAUUGGUACAACUCAAAGAAGUGGGACCGAGACGUGGCUCAUUUCUAUAUCAGCCGAGAAAUCGAGAACCUACAACAACGUAACAGUUACCCCAAAGUUUUAUGGAGUCUGAAGAGCAAUCAAACACGCUGCUUCUUGCUGCCCCAUCCAGGCAAGGGGAUAACUGGAGAGAGCAAGGGGAGGCUGCAAGACAUGGAUGAAGACUUCCAGGAAAGCCUGAGGAGCUAUGUGUACGAAGUAAUCAGAGUGGUCUGCACGCACAUUAAGCUGAACGUAUAUGGGGAGAUAUUGACCUCGGCUCACAUAUUUUCCAUGUUAAAGGAGUUUAUGGAAGUUCUUGAUCGGCAAAAAUACGGCUUUUCUUCACCAAUGGAGAUGUUUUACGCCAUCAAGAACCAAAGGCUCAUGGGAGACAUCGAAAAUGAGUUUGAGGAGUUUUUGAAAAAUCAGUCUUCUCUCACGUUGCCUCCCACCCUGCGGGUGAAAGCGUCGGAAAAAUACUCAGAACUCCUCGUGAAAUACCAGCAGUCUCUACUGGGCAACAGCACCUCGAGUCGCGAGGCCAUGUUGAUGGACCUAGAAGUGGCUCUGCUGAAGAGACAAGAGAAGUUCUGUAGCGACUUCACCACGCGUUUCACAAUGAACGCCGUCGGGGUUGGCAUCACCGCGGGCCUCGGGGUGUAUGGAGUCCUAGGAGCCGCAGCAGCCAGAGGAACUGUAGUGCUGGCAACGCAGCCCGUCGUGGCAACAGGAGGGAGGGCUGUUGCUAUGGAGGUUGCAUCAGGAGCGGUUUCGAUGCUCAAAACUGGAAUGGUUGCAAUGCUUGGCAGGUUUUUCCGUUGAGGGGCGUAGCACAAUGUGUAUAGUUUUAUUGAACAGGAUAUUCUGGCAUCCAUUAAUAAAUGUUAUUCAACCAAUCA